AUGGACCCAUUUCUCCGUACACAGUGUUUAAAUAUAUUUGAAGAUGAGCUCAAAACGCCACUUGGAUGUGCGGUUAUUGAAAGUUUGAAAUCGUACGGGGAAAAUGUCUAUAUGGCCUUUCCAAUCGAAAAAUUGCGCCAAAAUCUUGAAAAAAAUGUUUAUAACUCAGUUGAUUCAUUUGCAUCUGAUAUAAAAAACUCAGUUAAAAACUCGACAAGGCUUUUUGGUGCAGAAACGGAAGAAUCUCUUGGACUCCAAACAAUCUGUCAUAAUAUACUUCAAAAUUUAUCUCAUCUAUCUAACUCUGGUAGCGGAAGUAUACUUGAUUCACUCGAAAAAAUAUCAUUAAUUCUUGAAGGUGUCCUAUCAGACAUUUCAGACUCACAUGAAGAGUUUAUUAACAAAAUACAUACGAAAAUGGCAAAGCCUACCAUACGCCGUGAUAAUACAAAUGUAGAUAUUUCAAUUUUCGCUGAAAAUGAAAUAGAUUUAUCAGAAUUACACGAAAUACUCAAAAAUCCACCCACUGAUAAAGCAAUUGUUGAUAUAGUUGAUAUAUUAAUGCACUAUGAGCUUAAUUAUUCUUCGAAAGAUGAUGAAUUAACGAUAGAUUUGAGUAAUUGCGAGCCAUACACCGUCGCCUUACUCAAAAAAUACGUACAAGAAAAUUCCCUUACACCAGAUCCUACUGAUGUUAAGAAAGAAAACAAGAGCUCUGAAUAG